AUGCCUCGCGCUUUCAAAGGCUUUGGACGGCGAAAAUCGACCGCGAAUGAAUUAGACGACGCGCCGGAAGAGCCGGUUGGGGGAUCUGUAUCUUCGUUUAAAGUGUUUGAGCGCCCAGCGAACGCAGGGAGCAAAUCGUUUGAUGGAGGUCUGAAGUAUGCUAAGGCCCUGAAUGUUCCCGCAGCUCGGCCAAAUACAACUCACUUGGAGGAAGACAACAUGUUCGACCAUCUGGGAAAGAAUCGCGGCAGUGGGGCUUCUAACUCAAAUACCACAUCUACGACGGAUAAUUCUUCAAGGCUCAGCGCAGCUUCAACUGCACCUUCAUCUACUGAAGAAUGGCGAGAUCCCCAUGGCAGACCAUACUCCGAUGUCCCACUGCCCCCAAUACCAAAAUCAUCCUCCGGCUUCUCCCUCAAGAACGCUGGCAGGGCUAUGUCUUGGAGCCGAAACAAGAAUGGUCCAGCACCCUCACCUCCCAAGGAAACCGCCUCUCCAGCAGCAGCUCCACAGGAGGCAACUCCCACUAGCCGUGCUCGGGCAGUGACAGCGUCAAGCUACGCAAGCACUACGACCCCUCCGAAGCUCAAUGGUGACAAAGAUCUAGGCCUGAGUCUUGGUGGUGAUUUCGCAGAUAUGUUUUCUGGGUUUGGAAAGCGCAAAAGCCAGGUCCUGGAAGCGGAGAAUAACAGAGCUUUCUCGCGAAGUCCUGAGGAAACCAGAACGACAAACCUGUACGUUGAUAAGAAUAGAGACUUGAUGGCUCCUGUUGCAUCGCCGUAUUCCGUUGCCAGUCAAACAUCUAAUGACGGGUUGAUGGGGAAUGCCAGCCCUCCCCCAGUUCCACAACAUAGCAGCACAAUGCCGUUUAGUAGACCUCAAAAACCAGGAGAUGGGCUGAGACGGAGUAGCAAUGGGCCUAAGAGGCAAUCGACACUAGAGUAUGGGGAGGCUGUUGACGAGGACGCGAAACUCCUGCGAGAAUCAGUGAACGCUAGCCGGCGAAUGAAUGACCCAUCAUACUCCCGAGCUCGAGAUAGCUGGAUCAACCCAUCACCAUCAUCGCGAACCCCGGAGCAAUCUUCAAUUCCAAGCUGGAAAAAUCAAUCUGUCGAAACAACUCCGCGAGCGAAGAAAGUCGAGCCUCAAGCACAGGAUGAGGAUCUUUUUGACACCUCAAUGUAUGCGUCCGCGUCUGCUGCUCAGAGAUUCCAGGAAAAGCCUUCAUCCCCUCCGCCCCGUCCAGGGAGCACCCCUCGAGCCCAAAGCAAAGUAAUGACUCCCCAGCAAUUCGAACGAUACAAGCAAGAUCAGGAUAGACUCAAGAUGCUAGGCGGCCGGACUAAAACAGAGGAGGAAUCGGAUGAGGAAGAAAUUAAUUACGAUGAUGAGGAUGACGAGACCGAAAAGAAUCGGCAACUCGCUAAGCAACGACGGAAGCAGGAGGCUCACAUGGCGGUAUACAGGCAGCAGAUGAUGAAAGUGACAGGAGAGUCGGCAUCAGCUGCACCACCAGUCCGAGCAAGUGUUUUCCCGAGCCACAGCAGUCCAAACUUGGCUUCCACGUUAGGUAAACCAGCGGAUGAGGAGGAGGAAGACGAGGAGAUACCCUUAGGCAUUUUACAGGCACACGGAUUCCCAAACAAAAACCGACCUCCGAUGAGGAAUUCCGGUUCUAAUCCUAAUCUUCGAGGAUCAGCUCAGAGUACUGCGGGGGGAGUUGUUGAUCCCCGUUUACCGGUUUUCGCGAGGAAAUUACCAGAGGACCCUUACUUUGGAGCUGGAAUCGUUAAUCACGCUCCUCGAGAAUCAAUGGCAUUCAACACCAGCGGUGGUUCAGUACACGGUGGCUCAUCUCGAGGCUUACCACCCGGUGGCCUUGUUGGAGUCAUUGCAUCGGAAGAAAGAUCUCGGGCAGCGAGAAGAGGCAGCCCCAACGCUCAAGGUGAAUACUCUCCAGUGCCACCCAUGGGUGGAUUCAAUGGCAUGGGAAUGCCACCAGGUGCGGCGGGCAGCAUGAUGAAUGGUAUGUCUCCUGGGAUGCCCAUGGGCCCAGGAAUGGGCCAGAUGGGAUCCAUGGGACAAAUGCCAAUGAUGCCAAUGCUCACUCCAGGUGAUCAAGCUCAGAUUCAAAUGAACCAACAGAUGCAGCAAUUCAUGCAGAUGCAAAUGCAAUUUAUGCAGAUGAUGACCACUCCUGGUGGUCAGCAGCCUGGCUCACCUCAAAUGGGCCCCAUGAACGGGCAUAUGUCACAGCAACCAUCGGCAGGUCCAAGACCUAAUAGUCCUCAGGUUCGUGUGGGAAGUUCUCACCAACAACCACAACGAGCCAUGACUAUGAUGGAUGUAAACGCUGCACCUUGGAUGCAGCAAAAUCGCGGAUCGUUGUAUGCUCCUUCGAUGCACGCCCAGGGGAUGGGAUAUGCCCCUUCUAUCGCACCCUCCGAGCGAAGCAACAUUGGAUUACCGGGUAGAUACAGGCCAGUCUCACAUGUUAUGAUGGACAACAAAUCGAGAACCUCUACAAUGUCAGGUGCUUUGGGUGGUUGGAACGCGGAGAACAAAGCUCCUGGAGCCACUAUCCGAGCUGUAAAGGCUAACGGCAAUGCUUCCGAUGAAGAUGAUGAAGAAGGUUGGGGGCAGAUGGCUAAGAAACGAGAGCAGAAGAAAUCGAAAUGGAGGACCAAGAAGGACUCCAAUAAUGGAUUAAAGGAAAUGCUGGGCUACACUCAAUGA